CGCUCGGCAGUCGUCGUCAGAUGGUCGCGCGUAUUCGCUGAUAUCGCAUCAAUCGUAGUACUGUGUGAGAUAGAGAGAGAGAAAGCCGCAAAGAUGAGCGCUGGAAUGCCGGAGCUGGGCUCGAAGAUCAGCCUGAUCUCGAAAGCCGAUAUCCGUUACGAGGGCCGACUCUUCACGGUCGAUCCCCAGGAAUGUACCAUCGCCCUCGCCAACGUUAAAUCGUUUGGAACUGAGGAUCGAGAAACUCAAUUCCCAGUAGCACCUCAAAACCAAGUCUAUGAAUACAUUCUGUUUCGUGGCUCUGAUAUCAAGGACAUCAGAGUUGUCAACAGUGUCAGUUCAUUGCCCAAUGAUCCAGCCAUUGUCCAGAUGACCGUGCAGCCAUCGAUGGGACAGCAGUCCUAUCAACCUCAACCUGGUUAUGGUCAUCCAAUGAUGGGCCAGAUGGGCCCAAUGGGUAACCAGUAUGGUCCACCUUAUGGUAUGUCCAUGGGUGCUAUGGGCCCAAUGAUGGGAAUGGCGCCAACGCAGAACCGACAGCCAAUGGCCAAACAGCCAAGUGAGUUGGGCUUGGGUCCCACUGAUCCAAACAUCAUCACUAUCCCAAAUUCGCAAUCGACUGCCAAUGUCGAUCCAUUGCCCAAAGACCAAUCUCUGGAAGAUGGUGUGCUAGACAUUAUUAGUGGAGGAUCUCGUUCGACGACUCCGACCUCGCUUCUUGCGAGAAAGAGUCCAACGAUGGACCAGGGCGUUCAGACAGGUCAACAGCAGAAUCAGGCCAAUAACAUCGGUAAGAUCGGAGAUAAGCAGAACAUGAGAAACGUCCAGGCUCCUCACCGAGAUCGGGAUGGCCACGGAAGCGGAAGGACCAGUGGCAUGUCGCAGUACAGCGAAGGCAAGCAGCAACAACACCGCGGUGACAUGGGCAAAGAUCACCAUGGAAGUGGCCCUGGUGGUCACCACGGACACGCGCAGGGCGCGCACGGCCAGAACAUGCGUAACCGCGGUACCCAAGGACAAGGCCAGGGAUGGGGCAUGAAUCAACGAGGUGGACAGAUGAGAGGAGGUAGACCGAGUGGCCAGGGAGGACAAGGCCAGGGCGGACGAGGCCGAGGAGGCAACUUCAGGAACCAGCAGCCUGGUGGCGCGGGAGUUAAGCCCAAGAAUACGCUUAAGUUCGAUAACGACUAUGACUUCGAGCAAGCUAACACGGAGUUCGAAGAGCUGAGAUCUCAAUUGGCGAAGGCAAAGAUUGACCCCGGCACGGAGAACGAGAAGAAGGAUGACAGUGGCAACGAGACCGGUGCGGGUGACAACGAGCCUGAAGAAGAGACCGAAGUUGUACAUUAUGAUAAGACCAAGUCAUUUUUCGACAACAUCAGCUGCGAAGCUGUUGAGAGGAGUAAAGGAAGAUCUCAGCGUACGGACUGGCGAACGGAGCGCAAACUGAACUCAGAGACGUUUGGCGUAGCGUCAAUGAGGCGCGGUGGAUUCCGAGGACGCGGUUACUACAACCGGGGUAACAUGGGUGGUGGUAUGUACCGCAACAACCAGGGAGGUGGCCACCAAAACUAUCGUGGCGGAUACAGAGGUCAGAGGGGAGGUGGUCAACGUAAACCCAAUCCCAACCAGCAACUUGCCAACAAUGCCCAGCCUAGUCUUGGAUCGACGGGAGCAGCCAGCAACCAGAACAACCGCAACGCGACGAGCAGCAGUGGUGCUCAGGAUAACAGCAACACCGCAAGCGCGUCAGUGUCUGCGAACCAGCCCCAGCAGAAUAGCCGUCUCGUUACCGGCACCGCGUAAUCGCUGUUAUUUGCCAGCCCCUCGUCGACGAGUGUCGGCGUCAUCUCGGCUCUCCUCAAACACACAUACGCCCAACACAAACACACACCUACGAUGCAUGAGCGCGCGCGUCGCCAAUAUACGAACUAUUCUAUAAUUGAGAGCAAUUAAAGCUCGAAUCAGUUGAAAAAAAAAUGAAAAAGGAGAUAAAUAGCGGGCCCGAUUCUUUUUUCCGAGUUCGUCGUUACCGCGCACCGAGACGUUGUAGUUGCUAUAUUAGUUGAGAAGUGACUUGUACAUUUUGCCAUUAAAGAGAAGAUUCAUCAGAAGUUUACAUGUACGGUCGUGGAGUCAUCUACCGUCACUCUCGCGAUAUCGUUGAUGACGACAGAAAAGAGCGGUCGCGAACAUAAGGGAAAAGAAUUCGAAUGCUCACAUGCCUGACAACAAAAGUAAAUACAACAACGCGCUAUAAUUCAUAAGUAUUCAUUUAGUAUUUAAGAUUUUUAUGGUAAACGCGCGACCGAGCGAGAACGAGGACUGAAAGACAAAAAAAGAAGGCGUUUAAAAAAAAGAGAAUGAUGGGUUUUCUCCGUGUGGCAAUCAAUAGUCGACGAUAAAAAAAACAGAUUCAAAUUAAAUGAAUAUACACACUUGGGAUUAUUGUAGUAACUCGAGAAUGAGGAAAAGAGAUGAUGUUGAUUUGUAGAAGACGAACGAGAGAGAGAGAGAAAAAGAGGAUUAAAAUACGGGAUGGUGUGAGAAAAGUACUUUGUAAUCGUGCGCCUGUAGCGGAUAUUCAAUAUAUCUGUGUGUGUAAACACUGGGAGGGGAAGUGCGCCGGAUGCAUUUCAAACUUGCAGGUUUAUUAGAGCAAUUUUUCUUAUGAAAAAUUAUUGAAAAAUAAGUAAAAAUAAAUGAUUAAACGAAAUAAAGACGCACGCGCACGUGCAACGGCCACACGGUACAUAACGAACACAAACACUUACGUCUAUGAUGCCAAUUAUGCAUUAUUAUUGUAUUUAUAUACGUGUACGCGGUCGUAAUUUUUCAUUUUGACAAGAAGAAUCGUGUUUUGUAUAGCUUUAGUACGGGGAAAAUGUUUAAUAAUUUACAAAGAAAGAGCGUAAAGGUAAAGUCGCAGUUUAAAAGUAAAAAUAAUGGAGUUUUAACGUCAAAAACAAUUGUAGGAAUGGCAUUUAAUAGAUAGGUGACCCAUGGUAUAGAAUGAUUGUAUCCGCACGACGGAAGAGAUGGAAAAUGAUAAUAUGAGAAAAAAGAUAGGAGAGAAAAUCAGCAUUUUAUCGUAAAGCAAAGAGAUUUCGCGCGUUAACUUCUUUGCAUCUUUGACAGAUUGUUUGAGGGAAAAAAUUCAAGCAUUCUGUACAAAGCGAAUAAAAUUCAAUUAUAACUUCAUUGCUUUUCCUUUUGAAAUAAGUUAUGUUUGAUCCUCAUGGCAUUUGCUGCUGAUUUAACAAAGACGUAAAUGGUAACCUUUGCACGUGAUCUUUAAUAAACUUGAAUUAGAGGGUCGUUAAGAAAAACAUAUACCUCUAGGGUCGAUUUAUUAAUCUCUCUCUCGUGCCGUGGUGGUCACUUGUUGUAAAAAAAAACUAAGGAAAGAAAAGAAUUAAUCAAUUAUUUCGAAUAUAGAUGUAAUAAUUAGUAACCUGCUUUGAUACGUCGUCGCGUGGAACGAAAAAUAUUAGCUUUUCUAUUCCGGGAGAGCGUUCUAUUGUAAUUAAGGUUACCAGUGCCUGGUACGACUUUUCUUCCAAAGUUAAGAAUCGAACGAAAUAAAAAGGAAAACGAGUCGUGGGUGCACGUUCUUCGUAUCUUCUCGCUUACAAUUAAAAAAAAUAAACGAUUUUUUCGUAAAAAAACGUUAACCCCAAACUAGAGUAAAGGUGGGAAGAACGUGCAAUCGACGACGUUGAUGAAAAAUAAGAUUGAGACUUCGUGUGUGCAGGUUACUCCGUGAAAAAAGCCGAAGGUGUUAUGUUCCGGACGAGUAUCAAGGCGCGUGCGCCGAUCUUGAUCAAUGUGUUUUUUUUAAUUCACAAAAGUGCGUAAACAAAAGAGAAGUGAAGGGGGCGCUUUCCGUUUGCCGAUAUAGACUAUAGGACAAUACGGUGUCGUUAUUCCAAGCGAUCAGAACUUUUCAUUCUCGUUUAUUUAAAAAAGGAGGAGGAGAUGCUGAGCUGAAAUAAUGAUUCGUUUUACUUUUAUAAGCUUACCGGACGGUUUUGAUUUUUUGAGUAGAUGGGACGCACCAAGCCAUUUUCGAUUUGAAGAAAAAAAGAAUGUGACUUUGUGCUUACGAUUGGGUGUCAUGAACGAUUUGAACUUAAUGAGAAAUAAAAAGAAAUAGUACAUUUUAUUCCUGGCGAAAAUUACUUACACGGCGGUUCGUGCGACGUUUAAGAGCGGAUUGUAACUGUACAAAAGAGCCAGCUUAAUGCAAAGUAAAUGGAUGAAUUUAUCGACUUUAAUCCGCGAAAUGUUAGUAAAAAAAGCUCAUGAUACUCAAUGUGAAAUGUGAAAAAAAAAAUGAAAAUGUGUAAUAGAAUUAAAGUAACGCAUGAUCGUACGCCGCGUAAGGAAAGAAAAGAAACAAGCAGAUCGAAUGACGUUUGUUUAUGACUGUUAUUUUUGUAUGGCUCUUAAAGAAGGGUCCUAUAUAACGCGUCAUUGUAACUAGGGAUUUAGUUGAAGUAAUUACAAAAAAAUAAUUCAGGUGGAAAACGCGUAAUGCAAAGCAGAAAAUUAGGCCACGAGCGUUGUCAUAGAAUUUCCGAGAAAUUGAAAUGUAUAAAAAUUCGCAGCAAAAUGCAAUUGAUUCAGGACACAAACAAAUUUCUACAAGACAGAUUUUGGAAACAAAAAAAUAGUAUACGAUGUGCACGAUUUCCUGACGAUGAAUGUUUUUUUGUUUUGUACAGCGGACAUUGUGAUUCCCAAAGCUGAAUAAUACAAAGAUGAGGAAAUAACAUUAA